CAGUAUACACCUAUCUAUCUUCCACAAGCAUCAGCAGUCUCUCCAUCAGUCUCCGCGAUACGAGCGCUACUACGGCGCAAAGCAUGGCAUCUCUGCGCCCCGAAAACCCGGUCCCCGCCGCUGCGCACCUCUGCGUCUUUCUGCUGACCGCCUCGGCCUGGAUGGCACUGCCGGGACCCGUGCGCUGUGACAGCGGGGCUUUAAACCGGCGCGGCGGGGAGGACCGUAUGUUUGACAUGGGCGGCGGAGAUGGAGGCUCCCCGCCAGGUUUACCGACGGACAGUGACGAGGAAGCCGUCGGCGCGGAGAGCUCACCCCGCUUCAGGAGAGCACUGUCCCGGGAAAAACAAAUGUCCCUGCUCAGCAGUUCGUUCGUGCUCAAAGGGGAUGCGACCCACAACCAGGCGAUGGUUCACUGGACAGGAGAGAACAGCAGCGUCAUCCUGAUCCUGACCAAGUACUACCACGCUGAUUCCACCAAGGUGCUGGAGAGCUCACUGUGGAGGUCUACAGACUAUGGCACCACCUACACCAAACUCAACCUGAUGCCAGGGACGACCAUUGUGGUGACCAGCUUCUACAUCUGCCCCACCAACAAGAAAAAGGUAGUUCUGGUGGGUUCAUCUAUAAACGAGAGGGAUCAGAUGCUGUUCAUCAGCACCGACGAGGGUUCCUCCUUCCAGCGCCAGCCCAUCUCCUUCACCCCGGAGACGCUCGUCUUCCACCCCAAGGAAGAAGACAAGCUCCUGGCUUACUGCAAAGAUGGCAGGCUCUUUGCUUCUACAGACCUGGGACGCAAGUGGACUUUGCUUCAGGAGCGGGUGACCAAGGACAAAGUCUACUGGUCAGUGUCUGGUGUGGACGUGGAUCCUGAUCUGGUGCACAUGGAAAUGCAAGAUACGAGUGGAGGUUACCUGUAUGUUACCUGUCUCAUCCAGAACUGUUCGGACAAAAUGGUGACGGCUCAGUUCCUCGGCAAGAUCGACCACAACUCGCUGCUGGUGCAGGACGACUACAUAUUUGUCAAGGUGACCACAGGGAAUCGCACCAAGCACUACGUGUCCUAUCGGCGUAAUGAGUUUGUCCAGAUGAGGUUUCCCAAAUACUCCCUGCCAAAGGAUGUUCAGAUAGUGAGUACGGACGAGAACCAGGUCUUCCUUGCCCUCCAGGAGUGGUACCAGUCAGACACAUAUAACCUGUACCAGUCGGACCCCCAGGGCGUCUACUACUCCAUUGUCCUGGAAAAUGUUCGCAGCACUAAGCAGCCAGAGGAGAAUGUCCUCAUCGACAUACUUGAGGUACGUGGUAUCAAAGGAGUCUUCCUGGCCAAUCAGAAGAUCGAUGGCAAAGUAACAACCCUCAUCACCUAUAACAAAGGACGAGACUGGGAACCCUUGGCCCCGCCUGCCACUGACAUGAAUGGAAAGCCAAUCAGCUGCAAAGCACCGGACUGUCACCUCCACCUCCACCUGCGCUGGGCGGACAACCCCUACGUGUCCGGCACUGUUCACACCAAAGACUCUGCUCCAGGUCUCAUCAUGGGUGCUGGUAACCUUGGUUCCAAACUAGUAGAGUAUAAGGAAGAGAUGUACAUCACCUCAGACUGUGGGAAGACAUGGAGACAGGUUUUCGAGGAGGAGCAUCACAUCCUGUACCUGGACCAUGGUGGGGUGAUCGUUGCCAUCAAGGACACCUCAAUUCCCCUCAAGAUACUCAAGUUCAGCAUUGAUGAAGGACAGACGUGGACUGUUCACAACUUCACCAGCACCUCCGUGUUCGUCGAUGGACUCCUGAGUGAGCCGGGAGAUGAGACCCUGGUCAUGACUGUGUUCGGCCACAUCAGCUACAGGUCAGACUGGGAGCUGGUCAAAGUGGACUUCAGGCAGUCUUUUCCCCGUCAGUGUACCGAGUCUGACUACGACUCCUGGCAGCUCACAGACCUGCAGGGAGAAUUGUGCAUUAUGGGUCAGGAGCGGAGUUUCAGGAAAAGGAAGGACACAGCGUUCUGCAUUAAAGGAAAGAGCUACACCUCGGCUCUCACUACCAAACCCUGUCAGUGCUCCGAGAAAGACUUCAACUGUGACUAUGGUUUUGAACGCUCCAACAUGGAGGAAAAACGCUGCUUCGCUGACUUCUGGCAUGAUCCAGAUUCACCACCUGAAGACUGCCAUCUAGGGCAAACCUACGAGUCCACCACUGGCUACAGGAAGGUGAUAUCUAACAUGUGCGAGGGGGGACUAAACAAGCAGCAGAGUGCCAAGCAGCACAGCUGCCCUCUGCUGCCCCCUCAAGGACUGCAGGUCGGCAUCAAGGGGCAGAUGCUGGCGGUGGCACCUGGUGACGACAUCACAUUCAUUGUUCACCAGGAACAGGGCGACACCAGUAGCACAAAGUACCAGGUGGACCUCGGCGAUGGGUUUCGGGCCAUCUACCAGAACCUGACGGUGACAGAUGAGCCCAUCCAGCAUCGCUAUGAAAACCCAGGAGUUUACAAGGUCACGGUGAAGGCUGAGAACAUGGCGGGGCACGACGAGGCCACCAUGUACAUCCAAGUCACAGCCCCUCUACAGGAAGUCCACUUGGAAGUGGUUCCCAUCGCUGGAAGAAACCAUGAGAUCAAUCUGACAGCUGUAGUUCUUCCCACUGAGGCCAACCUGACUGUCUUCUAUUGGUGGAUAGGAGACAACCUGCGGCCUACGCUGACUCUGCAGAACAGCCUUCUGACUCGUUUCCCGGAGACAGGAGAGGUUUCAGUCACUGUCCAGGCUUCUAACGGCCGAUCCAUGGUGCAGGAUACCAGGACAGUCCGAGUCUAUGAUAACUUCCAGGUCAUCCCUCUGAGCUUCAGCACGAACUUGGACCAGUUCAAUCCAAACAUCCCAGAGUGGAGAGAGGACAUUGGCCAGGUGGUCACCAAAAUACUGGCUAAGAUCACAGGUGUCCCUCAGGAGUCCCUGGUGACGGUGGUGAAGCCGGGCCUCCCCACCACUGCUGAUCUGUAUGUCCUCCCUGUGGACAGCAAACCAGCCAAGAGGAGCAUGUUUGUCGAUAAGCGUAUUCCGGCCAUCGUGCAGGCCUUCAACGACAACAACGUCAGCUUUGUGGUGCGAGGAGGUCUACAGGUGCUGGUGAUGCUAGCUGACCCGAAUGCAGGCUACCACGGGGCUGCCGGAGGUCCAGGUGUUUGGGCUCUAGCAGUCAUCUUCCUAAUCAGCAUCAUCGCCACAGGCUCCUUCAUCCUCUACAAAUUCAAAAGGAAGCUUCCGGGCAGCCGCAACGUCUACGCCCAGAUGCACAAUGAGAAGGAGCAGGAAAUGACCAGCCCUGUCAAUCACAGUGAAGACACCCAGCACAUCAUCCAGGGCGAGGAGUUCAUUGACGACGACCUGGACUCGCAGACUCUAGGUAACGCAGGAGGUAGCCCCGCCUUCCGUUCCCUUAUAAGGACUACCACUAACCACUGCUACUAAAACCCAAGCCACUAACACCAGCAGCUAACACACACCAAGGCAACCAUUCGGGUGUGGUCCUGAGCAUCAACUCCAGAGAACUACACAGUUACCUGACCAGCUGAUGGCUGCCAUGGCAACGCUAAACGAGCUAGCCUAGCCUAGCCUAGCCAGCUAACGAGCACAGGGACUCCACUCUGCCUUCCUCCUUCUCUUUCCUCUCUCCUUUCCCUUCCUCCUCUUCUUUUUGGACACUUCACCUCCACUCCAUGGCCUCCUCAAGCCUUCAGCUCCAGCUUUUGUGUCAUUUUUCUUUCGGGGGUCAGUUGGGGUUUGUGGCUGAGCCUGGCUGAGGGUCGUCUCCUUCACGUCCAUCCUUUUCUCUGCACUCUGCUUUAUCUAAUGUGUUUUACAUCAUUACAACCCCCUCACCCUUUCCCCUUUUUACUUCCCACACCAGCCACUUGAGAACUGCACUGAUACCCGGUGAGGAUGGAGGUCUUGAUGGCGUCGCACCAAGGACACUCACUCAUCCGUGUUUCAACAAAAAAAAAAAAAAAACAACAACAAAAAAAUUGUGUGUACGUUGUCACGUUCUGUCACUCAGAAUCAGCAAGCAUGACUCACUGCACUGGACUGAAACUGGCCUGGCAGCUGAAGGCCAGUGUGUUAAAGGGUAGAGUGCAUUAAAGGUAGUCCAAUUAAUUAUUCAUACUCUUCCCCCCCUUUUUGUUUUAUUCUAUCUAUCUACUCCCAAUUGCUCGACACUCUUUCUCUUCACAGGCAAUAAUAUGCUCUCAACGGAAUGUAGGAUAUGAUCAACCCUUGUGAAUUUGCAAGUGUUCCCAUGCAAACACAAGAGGGUGGUGUUGCACUUUCUUAAAAUUCCCACUCGCAGGUACUUGGAGUGCUCAGCUUCUUCAGAAUAUUCAGUCACGGCCUUGUAUUCUUUGUUUCAGCUCGCACAUUUACAAAAGUCUGUCGAGAGGCAUUAAUAGAAAAUCCGGCGCCACCUAUUGUAGGAGCUCAUCAUCUGUCCCCACGGUGCCUGAAAGGGCAGGUGUGAAUCUGCUCGGUAACAUUACCCGUUUGUCGACUUUUAUUUAUUUCUGAUAAAUACGCCCCCUUCCUCCUCCGAUCCCACACCCCCACCCACCCCUCUUCCUCCGCCCACUUUGUGGGGUCAGAGGUCAAAAGCAGACUUGUUCCCCUGGAGACAAAAGGUCGCCGUCAUGGAGGGAAGGUGUAGUUGAUAUAUUUUACUGUAUCAGCCUAUAUUAGGCGUAGCCCACGGUGGAAUCAUGUCUCCUUUAAAGGUUUGGUUUGUCGUAUGUAUAUGUGUAAAUAUGAACAAUCUCCACUUUGUACAUAUUCCCUUUGACGUGUGUGAGUGUUUUACACUGCUACCAAAAUACAGUAUACAGCUUUUUUUUUUCUUUCUGUUCUGUUUGGGGUUUGUUUUGAGUUUUUUUUUCUUGGAGUGACCCUUCACUGAGUUUCCUGAAUUUGAAAAAUCUCACUGGUUCCAGUUUCCUCAACGCCAUUGCCUGCUUCACGUGUAUCCAUGCUCAAUACUUUCAGUGUAAUCUCAUGAGUAAGAUACUUUGAUGGUCUUCAUUGUUAACUUAUCAAGAUACUCACAUCUACACAGUGACGACUAUGUAUAUGAAUAUUUUUGAUACACGUCUUUUUUUUUCUUUUUUUUUUGGUCAUCUGUGUAAACACUGGUUAUUGUUUCUGUUGCCUGUUGCUGAAGUCUUUUUUCGUUUGUUUGAUUGCACUAAUGAUGUACGCAGUGUUGUUGUCACGAACCGGGCAGCAACUGAACAAGUCCACAGACUCAAAUCAAAAGGUCUUUGGAUUAAAGACUUUUCACAGACAACCAAC